CUGAGACUUUAUGACUCCCCAAUGUUAUCUGGACAGAUAUAAUUUUCCUUUUCAGUAGUUAAAAGGGAUUUAUUAUACACAAGUUAUCACCCCAAGGCUACAUUUGAAGAUCUUCGACUUCUUUUCACACAUCAAGAUGUUCCCUCCAGACGUAUGGAAUUCUACAGUCCUGAUGUGGUUCAAUGUGUCUGAGCUGAAUGCUUCUCUGGAGAAUCCGGAGGAGGGGGAGCACCCAUUCCUGACGGACGCCUGGCUGGUGCCUCUCUUCUUCGCUCUCAUCAUGCUGGUGGGGCUCAUCGGGAACUCUCUGGUAAUCUAUGUAAUCUCCAAACACAGGCAGAUGAGGACUGCCACCAACUUCUACAUAGCUAACUUGGCUGCCACAGACAUCAUCUUCCUGGUGUGUUGUGUCCCGUUCACAGCCACUCUCUACCCACUUCCUGGGUGGGUAUUUGGGGACUUCAUGUGCAAAUUUGUUGCCUUUCUACAACAGGUGACUGUUCAAGCCACCUGCAUUACACUCACUGCUAUGAGUGGGGACCGCUGCUAUGUCACAGUCUACCCCCUGAAGUCCUUACGCCAUCGCACUACACGAGUCGCCAUGAUAGUUAGCAUCUGCAUAUGGAUCGGUUCCUUCAUUCUAUCCACCCCGAUUUUCAUGUACCAGAGAAUUGAGGAGGGCUACUGGUAUGGACCAAGACACUACUGCAUGGAGAGGUUUCCCUCAAAGACCCAGGAGAGGGCAUUCAUCCUGUACCAGUUCAUAGCUGCCUACCUACUACCUGUCAUCACCAUCUCCUUCUGCUACACACUCAUGCUGAAGAGGGUGGGCCAGCCGUCAGUGGAACCAGUAGACAAUAAUUACCAGGUCCACCUGUUGUCUGAGAGGACUGUCACUCUGAGGAGUAAGAUCUCCAAGAUGGUGGUGGUGAUUGUCCUGCUAUUCACCAUCUGCUGGGGGCCUAUCCAGCUCUUCGCCCUGUUCCAGUCCUUCUACCCCAACUACAGGGUCAACUACGCCACCUAUAAGAUCAAGACCUGGGCUAACUGCAUGUCCUACGCUAACUCCUCCAUCAACCCAAUCGUGUACGGCUUCAUGGGAGCCAGUUUCCGCAAGUCUUUCAAGAAGACUUUCCCCUUCCUGUUCAAACACAAAGUUAGAGACAGCAGUGUCAUGUCGCGCGUGGCUAAUGCAGAAAUCAAGUUAGUUGCUGCAGGGGAAGGCAACAACGAUGGGAAAUGAAAUGAGCCAUGGUCAGAGUGAGCUUCCGGGGGACAGAGCUGCUGGAGAUUCAGUUCACUGUGCACACAAACAAACAUACACAUGACAGACUGCUGUGAAUGCACACUGCUCAACAUAGCCUGCUGUGAAAUCACACUGUUCUGAAGGCAAACACCUGGUGGAACCAGCAUUUUAAAAUGGCACUUGAUGUGUUUGUUUGCAAUUCUACAAAAUCUGACUGAUCCUGCUCUGUUCUGAUAUCACAGACUUGAAAGGACAUUAAAAGGUCCCGAACAGUCAUUCUGGUUCCCAUAUAAAAUAACAACACCCAUAAUAUUUUUUCCUGAUAAAAAUGCUCACAUUUCUCUCGUCAAACCAGGAAGUCUGAAAAGACAUACUGAAUGGAGCUAGUAGGCUGAGUGGGCGGGGAGCUCACCUUGACUGACUGUUCUUUGAAAAAGUCUAGCAACAUGGAUGCAGUGACAUUAUCUCAAGCAUAUUUGCUCAAACAUCAUUGAAAUUGCAUGCAACUUCCAAUCCUGUCAUUCAUCACAUCAUGGUGUCAUUCCUGCUCUCUCCCUCCAGUGCUCGACGUCGCCGGUCAACAAACCACCGGACCUGGCAACUCACAUUGCGCACACCUGGCAACCACACACCUGCUCAUCAUUUGCUCCUUGAUUACUCCCCUUUUAUUUAGCCCUCACUUGUCAUCAGUCAUUAGGUGGUAUUGUUCUCUCGCACGGUCAGUAUGUGGCUUAUGUUUGUUAUUGUUUACAAUUGUAUUAUUAAACUCACCUCCUGCCUCACGCUGUAUACGUUACACAUGGUUGACCAACUGUUUGGUUAUUGUAACAGCAUCAAUAUAGACAAAAUGUUGGCUGUAUAAUUUAACUAGCUAGCCCAAAUUGAAUUGUCAGCACUGUUUAUCAAGCUAGCUAGCUAGUUCAUCUUGGACAUUUUCAGUUGAAUCUGUACAGGGUGAGGUCUGGGUAACUUUCAUUAUAUAUACAGUCUGUGCAAACAUUUUGGGUAGGUGUGAAAAUGCUGUAAAGUAAGAAUGCUUUAAAAAAAUGUUAAUAGAUUAUAUUUAUCAAUUAACUAAACGCAAAGUGAGUGAAUAAAUCAAAUCCAUAUGUGGUGUGACCACCCUUUGCCUUCAAAACAGCAUCAAUUCUUCAAGGUACAGUUACACAAAGUCAGGGAGUUUGUAGGCAUAUAGUCAGGUGUUUGAUUAAACAAUCACACCAACAAUUAUACCAAACAGGUGCUAAUAAUCAUCAAUUAAAUAUGUGCGUUGAAACACAAUCAUUAACUGAAACAGAAACAGCUGUAUAGGAGGAAUAAAACUGGGCGAGGAACAGCCAAACUCAGUUAACAAGGUGAGGUUGCUGAAGACAGUUUACUGUCAAAAGUCAUACACCAUGGCAAGACUAAGCACAGCAACAAGACACACGGUAGUUAUACUGCAUCAGCGAGGUCUCUCCCAGACAGACAUUUCAAGGCAGACUGGGGUUUCCAGAUUUGCUGUCCCAGCUCUUCUGAAGAAGCACAAAGAAACGGAAAAUGUUGAGGACCGUAGACGCAGUGGUCGGCCAAGGGAACUUACUGCAACAGAUGAGACGCAUCGUGCUUGCUUCCCUUCGCUGUCUGAAGAUGUCCAGCAGUGCCAUCAGCUCAGAAUUGGCAGAAAACAGUGGGACCCUGGUACACCCAUCUACUGUCUGGAGAAGUCUGCUCAGAAGUGACCAUGGAAGACUUGUAGCCAGAAAGCCAUACCUCCGAUGUGGAAACAAGGCCAAGCGAAUCAACUAUGCACAAAAACACAGGAACUGGGGUGCAGAAAAAUGGCAGCAGGUACUCUGGACUGAUGAGUCAGAUAUUUGGCUGUAGCAGAAGGCAGUUUGUUUGCCAAAGGGCUGGAGAGCAGUGCAUGAAUGAGUGUCUGCAGGCAACAGUGAAGCAUGGUGGAGGUUCCUUGCAAGUUUGGGGCUGCAUUUCUGUAAAUGGAGUUGGGGAUUUGGUCAGAAUUAAUGGUCUCUUCAAUGCUAAGAAGUACGGGCAGUUACUUAUCUAUCAUGCCUCCCUGAUGAUAUUGCAUCUGUUUGGCCCAACAUUUAUUCUACAGCAUGACAAUGACCCCAAAUACACGGCGAACAUCAUUAAGAACUAUCUUUAGUGUAAAGAAGAAAAAGGUGUCCUGGAAGUGAUAGUAUGGCCCUCACAGAGCCCUGAUCUCAACAUCAAGUCUGUCUGGGAUUACAUGAAGAGAGAGAAGCACCUGAGGCUCCCUAAAUCCACAGAAGAACUGUUGUUAGUUCUCCAAGAUGUUUGGGGCAACCUACCUGCUGAGUUCCUUUGAACUGUGUACCAAGAAAAAUUGAUGCUGUUUUGAAGGCAAAGGGUGGUCACCCCAAAUAUUGAUUUGAUUUACAUUUUUCUUCUGUUAACUCACUCACUCGAUUUUGUUAAUUGAUAAAUAUAAUCUAUUAACAUGUCUAUUUUUGAACGCAUUCUUACUUUACAGCAUUUUCACAUCUGCCUAGUAACUUUUGCACAAUACUGUGUGUGUAAAGUAUUCAGACCCCUUGACUUUUUCCACAUUUUGUUACGUUACAGCCUUAUUUUAAAAUAGUUUAAAAAACAAAAAUCCCGCUCACCAAUCUACACACACUACCCCACAAUGACAAAGCAAAAACAAGUUUUUGGACAUUUUAGCAACAAAAAAAACAAGUAUUUAGACCCUAUGCUAUGACACUCAAAAUUCAGCUCAGAUAUAUCCUGUUUCCAGUGAUCAUCCUUGAGAUGUUUCUACAACUUGAUUAGAGUCCACCUCUGGUAAAUGCAAUUGAUUGGGCAUUAUUUGUAAAGACACACACCUGUCUAUAAGGUUCCACAGACGACAGUGCAAAAACCAAACCUUCAGGUCGAAGGGAUUGUCUGUGGAGCUCCGAGACCGGAUUGUGUAGAGGCACAGAUCUGGGGGAAGGGUACCAAAAAAUGUCUGCAUCAUUGAAGGUCCCCAAGAACACAGUGGGCUCCAUCAUUCUUAAAUGGAAGAAGUCUGCAACCACCAACACUCUUACUAGAGUUGGCAGCCGGGUAAGGUCUGUUGUAUUUAGUGCAUGUGACAAAUACAUUUUCUUUCUAGGAAGAGUCUUGGUGGUUCCAAACUUCUUCCAUUUAAGAAUGAUGGUGGCCACUGUGUUCUUAGGGACCUUCAAUGAUGCAGACAUCUCUGGUCUGAUUUAAAACAAGAUUUAACUCUUUGGCCUGACAUCUGGAGGAAACCUGGCACCAUCCUUAUGGUGAAGCAUGGUGGUGGCAGCAUCAUGCUGUGGGGAUGUUUUCCAACAGCAGGGGCUGGGAGACCAGUCAGGAUUGAGGGAAAGGUGAAUGGAGCAAAGUACAGCGAGAUCCUUGAUGAAUACCUGCUCAGGACCUCAGACUAGCUCGAAGGUUCACCUUCCAACAGCAUAACAACUUGCACACAGCCAAGACAAUACAGGAGUGGCUUCGGGAUGUCUCUGAAUGUCCUUGAGUGGCCCAGCCAGAGCCCGGACUUCUAUGGAGAGACCUGAAAAUUGCUGUGCAGCGACACUCCCCAUCCAACCUGCCAGAGCUUGAGAGGAUGUAGAGAAGAAUGGGAGAAACUCCCCAAAUACAGGUGUGCCAAGCUUGUAGCUUCAUACCCAAGAAGACUCAUGUCUGUAAUCACUGCCAAAGGUGCUUCAACAAAUUACUGAGUAAAGGGUCUGAAUACUUAUGUAAAUGUUUUAUAAAAGUUUUUUAUUUUUAAUACAUUUGCUAAAAUUUCAAACUUGUUCUUGCUUUGUCAUUAUGGGGUAUUGUGUGUAGAUUGAUGAGUGAAAAAAAUGAUUUAAUCCAUUUUAGAAUAAGAUAACAAAAUGUGGAAAAAGUCAAGGGACAUGAAUACUUUCUGAAUGUGUGUGUGUGUGUGUAUGUGAUAUAUAUCUGUCAGACAAUAUUUAUAUAUCAUGUCUAACAAUGAUGUCAAGUUUGUAUGAAUUUUCUGUUUGGCAUGUCCCUUGAUGUAAUGACAUGACAACUGCAUCUGUGUUUUGGGCAACCCUUUCCAUGCUUUUAUUUCAUGCUGGCUGAAGACCUAGGUAGCCAGUUACUCGCUAACACUUAAUCUCGGUUACCCAGAAAUUAAAUUCUCACAAAAAUAUUCUCACAGUUUACACACAAAAUCUGUACAUGAGAGAUUAGCUAACACUAGAGACACAUGAAAGCCUAAACCUAUAAAUAUUUUUGCCUUAGAUUAUAUAUGCUGUAAGGCUACAGUCAAAUGUUGGCACCAGUAGACUAGCUACCUAGCCAUGUAAAGCACGCCCCUCUGUGAUGUUAAAAUCACAUUUUAUUUGUCACAUGCACCGAAUACAACAGGUGCAGAACAUUACUGUGAAAUGCUUACUUACAAGGCCUUAACCAACAAUGCAGUUCAAGAAAUAGUUAAACUAUUUACUAAAUAAACUAAAGUGAAAUCAAAUAAAGUAACACAAGAAAAUGACAUAACAAUAACGAGGCUAUAUACAGGGGGUCAAUGUGCGGGGGUACAGGUUAGUCGAGGUCAUUUGUAAAGUGAAUGUAUAGAUUAAAAAAACAGCGAGUAGCAGCAGUGUGAAAACAAAGGGGGCUCAAUGUAAGUAGUCCCGGUGGCCAUUUGAUUAAUUGUUCAGCAGUCUUAUGGCUUGGGGGUAGAAGCUGUUAAGGAUCUUUUUGGUCCUAGACUUGGCGCUCUGGUACAUAUUGCCAUGCGGUAGCAGAAAGAACAGUCUAUGACUUGGGUGACUGGAGUCUUUGACAAUUUAGUGGUUACAAGUCGGUACUUAUUUAAAUGAGAGAAUAACACGUUACCAUUGGUGAUGUCACAAAAUACCUUAAUAAUCCCGCCUCCAGAAUCUAAGUGUCUGACAUGGGGGACGAGACCAGUAACUUUAUGAUCAAACUUUAUCAACGUAGAAGCAACAAUUUUUCAUACUUUGGUAGUCCUACUUUGAUCUGGUUUCAUCCAAAUAUCAUUAUAUCAUUACAUUUUUUGAGUUAAAAAAAAAAAGGUGACCACGUAGGCAGAAUGAUCACAAUGAUAUGAAAAUAAUACAAUUGCACUAAAAAAAGGUUAUUGGAAGUCACAUACAUAAUGGGAAACCUAAUAGACACUAUGGUUGAACUGUAUGAGCAGUCCAAGGUGACCUCAAAAUGGGUUUAAGGCCAUUAUGUUAUCAGAAGUACACAUUAUGUUAACAAGUCUUUAUUAUUGACCCAUCUCAAAGCUGUGAAAGGAUUGCACCCGAUUUACACAUUUUUUCAAUGAGAUUUAUGAUGGUAGCUAGGAAUUCCACAUGAAUGGCACAAUGAGACGGUCAAGAGGUACAUUUCAGGCCAAUUGAACGGGUGUAUGUGAUGUGUCAGAGCCUGCUAAAUUAGGGGCAUAGUCAAUGAGGUGUGGUGAGUAUUUACUUUACUAUUAUGUUCUAGACUGGCACUUCCCUUUACACACUGUGCACAGGUAGCAGGAGCCAGGCCAUAUCACACCUUCACUGGCCAACCCUUACAUUCGCACAGCAUUACUUUGUGACUUAGUCACCGAUCGUUUCCUUUUCCUCUGACCGCAACGUGUCUUUGUUUGAAUUGCGGCUCGAAACAUUGUACUUUUCUGGCACCAUUUUGGCAUUGAGUUGAAAAGGGAAUAAGGGAUUUAGAAAGGAGUGAAGACAAAUAUAACUAAGGUCCUUGGAAACUAGGGAAAACUGAACAGAUUGAGAUUGAAUUCUGUACAUAAAGAUUUUUAUAUUUUCCUUACUGCAUAUACACUUGAAUGCAGUUUUGUCCCUGUGAAAAUAUGUAAUGUCUUUAGGCAUUUCACAUGUCUGUACAUUUUGUUUUGGUUAUCACGCCACAUAAGUGUUUUUAAAAAAGCCUUUCUUGUAGACUUGCCUUACAGUAUUUGCAGUAUUUAUUACACAGGUAUAUUGAUCUUACCCUAAGGUCUAUGACUCAUGUAAUGUUCACUGUCUUGCUAAUGCCUGUAGGCCUCAGGGUUUGGCUCAGUUUGGAAUUGAAUUGAGAAUGCCUCAAAUUCCAAUUCAAUUCUUGAAUUUCAAUUGAACUAGGAAACAGGAUCCAAAAUAGCAAUUAAAAAUUGAAUUAAUGACAUUCAAUGAAUUUAAAUUCUAUAUUAGGUAGUCUAUUCAAAUAUACAUAUUGUCCAUAAAACAUCAAACAUAUUGUUAUACACAUGCAUAUAAAAUAUUGUUGAAACAAUUGAUUUUCAGGACAAACUCUUAAAAUUAAUGAUCAAGGAAAACAAAACCUGUAUGCCAAUAUUCUGUUAUAACAUUUCAUUAAUCACUUUUUAAAAAGUUGACUCGGAGACCUUAAAAAAUAAGCCAAACAAAUGAAAUGGUUGGUGGAAAUAUAAUUGGCUAUUUUAAGCACUAAGGUUAAAAUAGUAUUUGAACAUUGUUUCCAGAGAAAAAUUAUACAUUCAUGGAAUCUGGAAGUGUGACCUGUCAGAUUCAAUGAAACUCACGUUCUUUGACUGAGAGGAAUUUCUUUGAAUUGCACAGAAUUAAAUUCUACUUCCUGUCACACAAACUUAAAUUCUACAUCCUGUGGGGCGUGGCCAUUUCAAUUCGAAUUUAAACUCAUGAGUUGAAGUCAAUUCCAAAAUUCUGAAUUGAGCCCAACAAUGAUGUGUACAGUACUGUGGAUUUAACCACUGUUUUUGAUUAUAUAUGUAUUUUUUGCCUUUUUUUGGUGUAACCAGAAAUGUGAAAAGCACUUAUCGUUGCAUUUGCUACUAACAUUACAGUAAGCUGUCCAGCAAAUGCAAACAUACAGAAUAUAAUGUACUGUAGUUUUAACACUGCUACUUGUUCAUUCGUUUCCCUGUCUUGCAACUUUACGUACACUUUGUACAUAAUAGAAUUAGGAAAAUGUAUGUGUGAUUUCUGUGUUAUUUGACUUAAUGCAUUAAAGAGGACCAAUGAAAGCUUUCCUGGGGGCUUUUAUAACCUACCCAUUAUCUUACUGUAUGUGGUUGGAUUUAUUUAACCACCUCUUCAAAACCAUUCAAAUGAGAUCUGUACUGAACCAUUACAGUUGAGAGAACCUGCACAUACGACUGAAAUAGCAACCCAACAAAACGGCAACCAUUAAACCAUGUGACAGAAAAGGUCACAUCUUUCUGCUUGACCUGACUACCUUGAUAGCAUAUUAUUAGUCGUGUGUGUAUAUAUAUAUAUAUAUAUAUAUAUAUAUACACACUACCGUUCGAAAGUUUGGGGUCACUUAGAAAUGUC